AUGGAUUUAAGGACUAUAAAAGAGGAGUUAAGUUCCUUAAAAGAUAUCAAAAGCGGGCUCGAAUUUUUAAGCGCGGAAUAUGAUAGAAUGAAAAAAGAAUUGAAAACGUCAGAAGAGCACAUAAAGUCGCUUUCCGCUAAAAACAGCAACUUACAUACAAAAGUGAACGAAUUAUCAAAUAGACUUGUUUUACUUGAGCAACACUCGCGUGAGACGAACAUUGAAGUGAAUGGUGUUCCGGAAAGUAAGACUGAGAACUUAAUUAAUGUUGCCAAACAAAUAUGCAAUACUGUAUCUAUUCCUACCGAUCUCAUCGAAACAGCUACCUGUACCAGAGUUAGGAAGAUGAAUGACUCAAAUAAGAGGCCCCGCGCAAUUAUUAUAAAACUUCCUUCUGUAAAAACUCGUGAUGAGAUACUAGCAGCGGUAACACAAUUCAAUAAAAAGAACGCAUCCAAUAAACUAAACACAGGACAUUUGGGAUACAUAGAAAGCAAGUCGCCUAUUUUCGUCUCCGAACAUCUAGCGCCGUAUUUUAAAGCUCUACACGCGCGGACUCGUCAAGUUGCUCGAGAAAAGCAAUACGAUUUCGUCUGGAUCCGUAACGGCCGUAUUUUUGUUAGAAAAAAUGACCAGUCCCUUGCAAAACAAAUAAAGUGUUACGAUAACCUAAACACACUAUAA